AUGGCUACGAAACAGUUAGAAAUUCGAGUGACUGACAUAGUCGUACAGAUUUUUUGGAACGGAGAUGACGACAAAGACCAUCCUCUGAAUUGGAAACCUUCGCACAAAUGGCGCGCCGUCAUCGUCGUUUCUAGUGCCGUCUUCUCCACCUCAAUUGCAUCAGCAAUGGUGACGCCGAAUGUACCAGCCAUUGCAGAAACGCUGAGCAUCGACUCAAAAGAGAGAAUGCAAUUGAUUUACUCGGUUUUCGCACUCUCAUAUGCCGUUGGACCGUUGAUAUUCUGCCCCAUUUCCGAGCAGCUUGGAAGAUAUUGGACAAUCACCACCGCAAUGGUACUCUUCUCCCUCGGAAAUCUGGUCUGUGGGCUUUCCAGAUCUGCUACGCUGUUGAUAGCGGCUCGCUUCUUCAGUGGAAUGGGCGGAAACGGAGGACAAUCUGUCGCCAUAGCCGUGCUCAGCGAUACCUUCUCCUCCGACGACCGCAUGAAAGCCAUAUCGGUGUAUAGCACCUUCUCAAUUAGCGGGAUGGUGAUCGGUCCGAUAUUAGGUGCCAUUUGCAGCGAAAAGUUUCAUUGGAGAACGCUGUUCCAUGGCACGUCCGUUCUGAAUGGAAUUGCCCUCGUCAUCGUCGCGACCUUCCUUCCCGAGACCUACCCUCCAACAUUGCUUCGAAGAGAGGCCACAAAGAUCUCCAAAAUCAGAGGCGGACGUCCACCACGCACCCAAUACGACGUCGAGGAUUCCGAAGAUUUAAGGCGAACGAUGUGGCACUGUGCUCGCCGUUCGGUCAAGUUUCUCGUGACCCAGCCGAUCCUCCAAUUCAUAGCGGUAUACUACGGACUCGGGUUCGGAGUAUCUUUCAUCAUCUUCUCGGUCUUUCCAUCGAUCUGGACCGAGGCAUACGGUCAAACGCCCAUCAAAGGAUCUCUCAAUUUCAUAUGGCUAGGAGUUGGUUGCCUAAUCCCGGGUGCAUCGAUUGUGAGCGCGAUCGAGUCCGAACUAGCUUUGAGCAGGAUCGAGUCCGAAAGACGCCAUAUAUUAAAACCUGAGAAGGUCUUCGGUUACAUGUUUCCAGCCGCCGUCUUCCUUCCAUUAGGGCUCUUCUUGUUUGGGUAUUCGGUUCAAAACAAGUGGCACCCUGCCUAUGUCAACAUUGGUGCAGCAUUUGUCGGAUUCGCAAGUACCAUCAUCAGUUUUGCAAUUUUCAAAUAUCUCGGCGAUGCGUACCCACUGUAUGAGGCCAGUGCUAUCGCAGCAGUUCAAGUCAGUCGAGCAGUCACGUCGUGUACGUUCCCGGUCUUCUCCCGAAAACUAUUCGCGAUGAUGGGAUACGACGGCGGAACAGGUUUACUGGCCAGCAUUGCUCUCGUACUUGGUCUUGUAGGAACUUCGGUCCUCGUCGUAUUUGGCAAGCGGCUACGUCAGAAGACAUGGCGCAUUCCCUUACCAUGGACAAAGGGUUGA